CAGACGAUAACCAACAGUGACCAAAGGUGUGACGACACUGCUAUAUAGAAUCGAUUAAAUCACUAUGUAUCGCCAACUGCAUUCGAUAUAAAUGUCAAACAAGUAGAGAUUUUUUGAAAAAAAAAGCAAAUGAUUUGUUUAAAAAGAAAAUUUUGUCAUAUUCAUGACCUAACCUUUACCUGAAAACCUUGAACUGCAAUGACUGAAGAGUGUGUAAAACAAUAAAUUCUUUUUGAUAUGAAGAUUUAAUGUUUAAAUAAUUUAAGAAAAAGAAAAAUUAUUCAAGGUCUCUUUUUUUUUUUGGUGUAAACUAAAUAAGUAGUGACAAUCAAUCAUCGUUUUUAUUGUAUAAGUCACUCUCGUCCGGAGCUGUCAAAAAAUUACUGUCAUUAAAUUUUGAUUAUUGAAAAAAAAAGAAAAAAAAAAAAGUAGGAGAAAAUGCCGAAAAUAAAAACAAAAUUGCAUUUAAAUAGUAUGUGGUUGAGACAACGAGAACUUGGUAUCAGUCAACCUUUGGGUCAUAAUGAUCGUUUUCACAAAACUUUAUAUUCAUCAGUACAGCCUGUCACUUCUUGGGAUCAUAAUGAAAAUUUGGUCAGUGCAAUUCACGGCGGAGUUUUUAAUUUAGAAUAUUCUCCUGAUGGAUCACUUCUUUUGGCAGCUUGUGAAAAAAAGAGCGUUUUAAUGUUUGAUCCAUUAAGUCGACGACUAAUUCAUGCAAUUGACAAUGCUCAUACUGAUUGCGUUAAUUGUGUGAGAUUUUUGGAUCAACGUAUAUUUGCUACCUGUUCUGACGAUAGUACUGUAGCACUUUGGGAUGCUAGGAAUUUAAAACAAAGAAUUCGAACUCUACAAGGACAUUCCAAUUGGGUAAAAAAUGUCGAAUAUAGUCCUAAAGAUGGUUUAUUGUUGACUAGUGGUUUUGAUGGUAGUAUUUACACUUGGGAUAUUAAUAGUUUUACAGAAAAUAGCUGUUUGUAUACUAGAGUAUUUCAAACGAAUGGAUUAAUGAGAACGAGAUUAAGUCCUGAUGCUAGUAAAAUGCUCAUUUGUACAACUUCCGGUUAUUUAAUUAUAAUUCACGAUCUCAAGCUUAGUGCAUUAGCAACUGACUUACGGGGAUUUAAGCCGAAUAUGUAUCGUUUGAUGCAAGUCUCGCAAACAACCAUUCCGAUGGCAGCAAAUUAUACUCAUCUUUUUUCCAACAAUCGAAAGCACAAUCGCAUUGAAUUUCUGACAGAUUUUCCAGAAGGAAAUGAAGCUGAAGUGAUAUCUAGUUUGCAAGUUCAUCCACAAGGAUGGUGCGCAUUAUCCCGAAAUAUUAGUAUCGGUGAAAAAUCAGAGUGGACGUGUGUACAUGACAUUCAAGAACGUGACAUAUCAGAAGUUGAUGAACUAAUGAGAGAAGAUGGUGAGCGAAAUAUGCCAUUCAAUGACGUGUCCGAAGAAUCGGAUGACUCGCAACAGCCACAACCAUCACGUUCUGGAAUAACGUCAACAUUUAUGAUCGAUCGUACAAAUCGUGGAAGAAAUUCUCCAGCCACACCCGAGGGAAGAUCCACGUCUUUUGUGAGAACCGAAGUGACACAACCCGUUUUUCCAUCACGAACAAAUACUUGGCAAGAGGGUUCACGACGCAGUUCACGUUUACAAGCGCGUAAUUUACGAUCAACUCAUCGUUCAAGUGCAACGAAUAAUUUUACAAUUGUCGACAUUGCCAAUCGUGUGACGACCGAUGAUGCAAAUAAUGAAGGAUCAGAUCAUGAAGUGCAAGAUGAAAAUAAUGAUGAUGAUGAGAGGCCACGCGGUGAGACGGCGGCGGCGGCGGCCGCAACAAGAGACGAUGAACGUUUAGGCGCACAAUUAAAUGAAACGCGACGAAGAAUAAUGUCGGAUCGUCGUAAUUUCUCAACUGGUGUUGAAUUACAUGUGAGUUCGGCAGAUGUUUGGGAGGCGUUGGUGGCUUUUCGUGAGACACGAGCACGACGCGAAAGAGGACGAGAGAUGCAUUCAUCAAAUGAAUGGCGAGAAUGGGUUGCGUCGCGUGCAAAUAAUGCAAUUAACGUCAGUUUACCACGUUCAUCGUACACUGUGGUGAUAACAGGUGAAAAUCGUUAUCGUGGCUCGGGUCAAAAUUGUCAAUCACAACAGCCAAUGUAUGCAUUAACGAGAAAUGAGAAAAUCCAUCAAAAUAUACCGCGACUCACGCAUUAUAUUGAAGAGCCAAAUGUUGGCUCUGGUUAUAUUAAAGAAUUGUGCUUCUCGGCCGAUGGACGUGUUAUAUGUUCACCAUUUGGUUAUGGCGUUCGUCUUUUAGCAUUUUCCAAUGAAUGCCAAGAAUUGUCAGGCUGUGUUCCUGCUUUCAAUGAAUCGGUACAAUUAAAUGAAUUGGCAACAAAUGUCAGUCAUUCGGAUAUUGUUGUCAGUACAAAGUUUUCUCCAAGACACUGCCUCCUUGUCUCAGGUUGCUUAAGUGGAAAAAUAGUCUGGCAUCAACCAGUUGUUUAAUUUCUCUACCCUUAAAAGAAGAAAAAAAAAAAAAGAAAAGUUGUGUCUCACAACUUGCUGUUUAUUUUAUAAGAAGAUUGACUGUUUUCAAUUUGUUUCCUCCUUUUUUUUACUACAUAGUUCAUUUUGAGAAAUUAUUUUAGUCUGAAGCUGAAAACAAUUUUCUCUGAGAAAAAUGUUUUGAAAAUAACAAAUUCUUUUUUUUUCAUCAUUGAUGGGGUAAAAUUAUAAUUUAGAAUUUUUAUUUUAAAGAAUUUUAUUAGAUAUUAUUUUUUAGACGAAUUUUCAUUUUUUGAUUUGAAAUUUCAUUUGACGAAAUUUUUUUUUUAAACAAAUUUUUACUUUACAAAAUUUUUAGGCACCAAAUUUUUAUUUGGUUGAUUUUUUAUUUUACAGAAUUUCUCUCUACACAAGUUUUUAAUUAAAAGAAUUCUAAUUUAAUCGAAUUUCAAUUUAGCAGAAUUCUCAUUUAAAAGUAGAGAAAUUGAGUGCUUUGAAUUUUUAAAUCCUUGAAUUUUCAAUUUACCGAAUCUUAAUUUGUCCACAUUUUUAUUUGUACGAAUUAUUUUUUUAAAGAAUAAUGAAAAUAUUUUAAUAUUAUUAUUAUUAUUAAUAAAAAUAUAAUAAUUUUUAUUCAAAAAAAAUUAUAAUUUAAUAGAAUUUUAAGUGCUACGAAUUUUUAAAUGAUAGAAUUUCCAAUGUACCGAAUUUUAAUUUGUCCAAAUUUUCAUUUACACGAAUUGUUAUUUGAUAAAGAAUUCUUUAAAAGCCGAAUUUUCACUUAUCUGAAAUUACAAACGGCAAAACAAAUAAUCGACAUAAAGAUUUCAGUUCUUUUUUUUAAAUUUACUUAAAAAAUUCUAUUGUAUGAGAAUUAUGCUAAAUUAAAAUUCGUUUAAAUUAGAAUUCUUUUAAGUAAAAAUUUGGAUAAAAAGAAAUUCGGCAAAUUAAAAAUUCUGUUAAGUAAAAGUUCGUUAGCUAAAAAUUUUGUUAAGUAAAAAUUUGUUUAAAAAAAGAAAAUUAUCUUAAAAGCUAAUUCAAAAAAUAAAGUCUUCUAAAAAAUAACUUCUUUAAAUUGAAAAUUCCAACUAUUUUUACUGUAUGGAAUGUGCCCCAGCAUUGAUUAUCGCUGCAAAAAAUAAUUAAAUGAAAUCUUUAAAAGUUGAUUUUAAUUUUAUUUUUUAGUUUAUAAGAUAUGAAUGCAGGAAACGUGUUAUUAAAUAUCCCACGUAUAAAUCAAUGAGAUUCCGUUUAUAAAAAGAAAAAUAUUUUUUUUUUUUUGACAAUUUCUAAAAUUGGGUUCAUCCUGUUUCAUGAUUAGGGUGUAAUUUAUUGUUAAAGAUGAUUUUGAUAGUAUGAAUUUUAGAAAAUAGGUGCGUUUGCUUUAUUAUUGUUAUAAGCUGUACUUUAAUUGUAAGAAAUUAAUUUAAAAUAAUAUUUGUAGAGAAGUAGGAUUUGAACCCAAUUUUCUUUUCUUUUCUUUUAAGAUUAUCUCGAAACAAGAUUUUCAUUUUUAGAAAAUGUGAGAUCCCUUUUUUUUCUUGGAAAGCUUUUAUUUAUAAAACAAAAAAAAAAAAAACUUAUGCUCACUAUUAUUAUAAUAAUUGUAUAAUUUAUAUAAUUGUGUACAAAUUAAUGAGUAAUAACUUGUGCAUAAUUCACUACAAAAAAAUUGCUUAAGAUUCGUACAAUUCAAUCUCACAAUAGUGCGGCAUCAUUUGAGUGGCAUUUGUUUACAAUAAUAUUUUUCUUUUGUAAUUAUUUUUUUUUCUUUCUGAAACUAUUUUUUAUCAAUUCGAUAUUUUUUAUAUUGAAAAAAAAUGUACUUAAUUUUUGUUUCUUAUACUGCCAAUAUGCGAAAUCGUGAUUUUUUAUUAAUAUUUUUUUUUACUGUUUUAAACUGAA